UUCCGGAAGGUCGUGCGCCAGAGCAAGUUCCUCCAUGUCUUCGGGCAGCCUGUCGAGAACGACCAGUGCUAUGAUGCCAUCUGCGUCUCCCGCGUCACCCGGGACAGCAACUUCUGUGCUGUCAACCCCACGUUUGUGGCCGUGAUUGUGGAGGCCAGCGGGGGAGGGGCCUUCAUGGUGCUGCCCGUGCUUAAGACAGGGCGAAUCGAUAAAUCGUACCCCACGGUGUGUGGGCACACGGGGCCUGUCCUGGACAUCGACUGGUGCCCACACAAUGACCAUGUCAUCGCCAGCGGCUCUGAGGACUGCACUGUGAUGGUCUGGCAGAUUCCGGAGAAUGGGCUGACACAGCCCCUGACGGAGCCCGUGGUAAUCCUGGAGGGGCACUCGAAGCGUGUGGGCAUCGUCACUUGGCAUCCGACCGCCCGCAACGUUCUCCUCAGCGCAGGUGCGGCAGUCUCUCCUUCCCCUGUGAUUCAGUGGGGUGGGACGGGGUGUCCCCUGGUGGUGGUGAGAGAAUCUGAUGCCUUUAUCCAUAUGGAGCUGAAGUUCCUGACCCCUGGGACCCUGCAGCAUGAUUGUAGUUGGCUGAGCGUUAGUGGGAAGCCCUCGGGCAGGGAGGAGCCUGGGGGACGGCGUCUCCUCCCCAUCACCAUCUUCUCCUCUGCCCCACUGCAGGAGAACCUGGAAGAGCCCAUGGCGCUGCAGGAGCUGGACUCCAGCAAUGGAGCCCUGCUGCCCUUCUAUGACCCUGACACCAACGUCAUCUACGUCUGCGGCAAGGGAGAUUCAAGCAUCCGGUACUUUGAGAUCACAGAGGAGCCACCCUACAUCCAUUUCCUGAACACCUUCACCAGCAAGGAGCCCCAGCGAGGCAUGGGCUGGAUGCCCAAGCGGGGCCUGGAUGUCAACAAGUGUGAGAUCGCCAGGUUUUACAAGCUUCAUGAGCGCAAGUGCGAGCCCAUCAUCAUGACUGUGCCAAGGAAGUCGGACCUGUUCCAGGACGACCUGUACCCGGACACAGCUGGGCCAGAAGCAGCCAUGGAGGCGGAAGAAUGGGUGGCCGGGAAGACAGCAGGCCCUGUACUGAUCUCGCUGCGCGAAGCCUACGUGCCCAGCAAGCAGCGGGACCUGAAAGUCAGCAAGAAGAACAUGUUGCACGAGAGCCGCUCGGCCCCCACCCCCAGCACCGGCAGUGCCACGCGCCUCAGUGCCACGGCCAUGCCCGCCGCCGUGCCCAGCAUCAGCAUCAGCGCCACCCCUGGGGGCGGGGGGGGCCUGGAGGAGGUGUUGCAGGAGCUGCAGGCGCUGCGGCUGCAGGUGAAGGAGCAGGGCGAGCGCAUCAGCCGGCUGGAGGAGCAGCUGAGCCGCAUUGAGAACGGGGACGUGUAGGGCGGCGUGGGGAGCAGGGCGAGCGCGGUGCCCCCCCCCCCAA